AUCAAAAAAAAAAAGAGAAGACGGUGGAGCUGUAUUUAUUUAUUCAUUUAACACCGGAAACCAAACGAGCACGACGAGUGUAUUGUUUGUAGUUCACCAACCCCAACCCCAACCCCAAACCCAAAGCUCAUUUCAUUUCAUUUUUCUGAGAAAUAAUCAAAAAGCAAAGGCAAUAGUAAUUAUGGCACUCUCUCUCUCUAAUCACUAUCACUGUCACUCUCUCUUUGCUCCUCCUCGUCUUUCUGUUUCUUCGUCUUCGUCUUCACCAAACUCCUCCAAAUCCAAAACCCUAGCCUUUUUUCAUCGACCGAUUCUAGGUUUUACUCUCACCAACUCAUCUCCAGUCACCAACAAAUGCAGCAGCAGCAGCAGCCGCUCCUUCAAAUCUUAUCUCGCUGCCCAAGAUUCCGAAGUCCCCACCACAAAUGAUUUAGAGGAGGCAGGUGAGAAUGAUGUACAAACAUCAGAAAGUGGAGCAGAUCAACAACAUUUAUCCAGUUUAACGACCCUCAUAAAAGUUUACAAGGAAGCCAUUCUUGCUAGAGAUGAAAAGACUAUAUCUGAUAUUGAGGCUAGGAUACACGUAAUAGAAAAUGAGAAAAAUGAAUUGGUCCAGAAUGUAUUAACUUUAUCAACAGAAAUUACUUCUGGGAAGGAGAAAUAUAUCCGCCUACAAGCAGAUUUUGACAAUUUUAGGAAAAGAUCGGAGAAGGAGAGACUUACCAUAAGGUCUGAUGCCCAAGGAGAAGUUAUUGAGAGUCUCUUGCCCAUGGUGGACAAUUUUGAGAGAGCCAAGCAGCAGCUUAAACUAGAAACAGAAAAGGAACAAAAGAUUGAUGCAAGUUAUCAGGGUAUAUAUAAGCAAUUUGUGGAGAUAAUGAGAAACUUACGUGUGGCUGUUGUAGCCACAGUAGGAAAGCCAUUUGAUCCCUCACUGCAUGAAGCCAUUGCACGCGAGGAGUCUCAAGAGUUCAAGGAAGGGGUUGUGAUUCAAGAAUUCCGUCGUGGGUUUUUGCUUGGGGAUCGGCUUUUAAGACCAGCUAUGGUUAAAGUUUCUGCAGGGCCUGGUAGAAAGAAAGCCCCUGUGGCCACCGAGAAAUCCACCGAGCACCCUGCAACAGCUGCAGGGAUAGAUGAACGAUAGUUUUUUAGACAAGAUCAAAUUGUACCAGUAUAGCCACUUUUUUUAUAAGCCAGCCUGAUCUUUCCAUCAGCUUGUGAAGCCUUUUUGAACAUUGUUAUAUUAUACUUAUCUUAUGCCAACACAAAUGUAGUCCUUGGCAUCCAGGCUUUACAAGUUUGUUUUGAUUUGCCACAUCCAGGUACUUCACAUACUUUUGUUUUCAGAAGGCGGCACUGACUCAAUUUGUAUCUUCGAGAACAUUCAUGUGUUGACCUAUUAUUCUUUAUAGGAAAAUUUUAAUUCACCCUUUCCCA